AUGACUGCAGCAGUUGCAGUCAUGUCGGCUUCAGCGACUUCCAUGCCACCCAAACGGCACGGCUUCUCCAUUGAGUCUCUUAUCGGAACAUCAGAAGUGGCGCCGCCUUCACCCACAACAGCGCCGCCACCAAGAACGUUUUCUAUCAGACAGUUCGCCAUCAGAGAGACAUUUAAACAAGAUCGACACAACGAGAAGGAUACAGACAGAAUAUAUGGGGAGAUAGACAGACAACGAGACCGAGUGCGAGAGGCUGUCAAAGAGAGAGAAGUCUGUGAUCACAGAGACAGACAAUGCAGUGAGAUAGAGAGAGACAGACAAUGUAGGGAUAUAGAGAGAGACAGACAAUGUAGGGAUAUAGAGAGAGACAGACAAUGCAGUGAGAUAGAGAGAGACAGACAAUGUAGGGAUAUAGCGAGAGAAGCAGAUUUAUUCAGAGAAAGAGAGAUGAUUUUGGAGAGUCUAAGACUGAGAGACAAAGAACUCAGAGACAUGACAGAUCGAGAACUCAGAGACAUGACAGACAGAGAGGUCUCCAAGGACAGGGAGGCCCACCAAUUCAGGGAUAGCCGAAACGUCCGACACUCAGCAGCCCACCACCAGAGAGUCUCGCCCCGCUCCUCCAGCCCAGCCAGCCCACGGACCGAGAACUCGUUGACGCCUCAGUCAGAAAACAGACUGGGCUUGUGGGCGGGCCAGGAGUUCAAGCAUAUCCUCAGCAGCUUGAACUCCGGACACUUCGACUCCAGCUCACUCUACCAGCCUCUAAGAGUCUGUAACCGAACUCUAGCCUCCAUGGGCAGCCUGCCUGGGGUCGGUGCCCCGCCAGCUGCCCUGGGCAUUGGGAUUCCUCCACACUUCAGCCAUCUCCAGAUGAACCCACUUCUCUACAAUCUGCCCAGGGACUUGAACCCACAGCCUCACCCGUUGCUGGCUGGUCGGUUUCCUAGUUUUAUCAACACUCGAUACCAAA